CCUCUUGGUACAUGUUGCAGAUACACAAAAAGAAGCGGAACUUCGCGGCGCAGCUAUGUAUGUACAGACACAUGCGCAACAGGUAGUGAGUCGGUAUGUGAACUCGUUUUUGGACGAACAACGCGGGAAAACUUUCGAUCACUGGAAAAUUCAAACAUUCGGCUAUGACACGAGGUGCUUUAAAAAGUCGGUACGUGCUGUUAUCCGCUGAAGAGUUCAACGAGAUUCAUCGGUACUCGCUGAUACCCAUGUGCUUAAAGAGAAGGCUCAGAAAUGCGAGGAUCCCAACAGCUCGCUAUUCUAUAUGAUGUAGAUCGAAAUGACGAAAGACAAAGGCGAUCUUGGUUUUAUAAAAAUUUGUAUGGCAACUGGUAGCACCGAAGGAGGAGUUUGCAAACAUGAUCAAUGGUUACAUGCAACCAUUCCCAACUGAUUGUGCGCAGCUACAUUUUACGGAAGCCGUGAUUCGUUUCCCUCGAAAUCACUUCUUUCUCGCGAUACUGAAGAGAAGUAACCGCCAAAUUUUUUCUCAAACAUUGGACCGAUUAGCAACUACUUCUUAGUACUAGGACAUCAACGAGUGCGAGUCAUCUGAUUCUGUUGUCUCCUGUCCAAUCAGUCUUGAUGUAGAGUUCUAUCUCAAGAAACAGUGUAAUAGUUUUGCGUAGGAGCGGUUUUCCUAUUAGAUUGUAAUCUCAAUUAUCGCUGUUAGAUUGUAAUGCCAGUCUGGAAGUCGAACUAAGUCUGUCACACGAGUUUUUCACUUUGUCCCCCCAAUUUCUGUACACCCACAGACGACAGAUACAAGAUAAAAACCAAAACGACAAAUAACAAGUGAUCUUUUAACACCUUCACAAAACCGGAAAGACGAGUCGUUGCAGCUCGAAGAUGAGUUUGGGCCUCGCCUUCGUCGGCCUCAGCGCUCUGGGUGCCAUCCCGGGAGCGCAUUCGCUGCAGGUCUCGAAGUCUGCUGGUGCCGCUGGUGAAGUGAAAGGUACGUGGCAGGACCACGAAGACGGUGUGAUCUUGCUCAGCCCCGAGUCGUCAGUGUCGUGGAGCAUCACGACGCCAAGCACCGGGGAAUCGUACACCAUUUCGCUCUCUGCGGCGACGUAUCCUGUCGGCCCUGAACGCGGCCCUGCGGACUUCAAUAAAGGCGCCGGCCCGGCCGCCAAAGCCGCACUCGUAAACGCGGCUGCCUACGGCUGCGCCUCGUACAUGGGCGGCGCGGCUAGGGACGCGGAAGGGAAUAUCGUAUGGCAUUACCCCAAUGACGAGAAGUCACCAAACAAGGUCGCCGGCCUGAAUGGAAUUAUUACGUGGAGGUUAGCUGGUGGGAAAAACUUAGAAAGCCUGCGGAAAAAGAUUCGCAGUGGUUACCAGGGCGGACAGGCGGUCCACGACGAGAGCGCUGACAUGGGCACGGAUUUGCGCCUCGCCGGGAAAUUGUGCGCGCCGGGCUUCGCAACGGCGCUGAAUGUUACCGACCUACAAGAUGGACAAGAAAAAUGGGGGAGCCUCAAUGUCAAGUACCUGAUCGAAGCGGUGGCUCCCGAUUGGAACAAUGCAUUUCCUAUAAGAAUCGGGGAAUACCGCUACGAAUUCAACAAACAAACGCCGGAUCAUGUGGCGCUCAGCCAAAAGGACAUGCAAAACAUGCAGCACCUCGGUGCCAUGGAAAAGAUGCUCAAAUGGGAGAGCGACCGGCAUUUGGUCGGCGACGCGUACCGAGCGGCGUUGCUGGCGGCGGGAGGCACAAAUGAGGUCGAGACCGUCGGGGUGUCGCUGCUGGGUGCCGCUAUUUUCAAGGGUCACAAGGAAACCGGCGACAUCUUGUGGGAGGCGGUCACGGCGCUCAUUUAUGAGGUGGACGCGGAAAAGAAGCGCGUCGAGGCGGGCUCGGGCAACAAGCCGGAAGAAGCGGAGGCGCAGGGGGGCGAUGCAGAGGCCACAACCGAGGCAGGCCACGCUGCGGCAUCCGCGGAAGAUGGCGUCGUUGAGGAGCCGGACGAGGGGCAGCAGGACACGGAUGAGGCGAGAGAAGAAGGAGGUGCUGCCGUUGGCGAGGAGAUUCCUUUUCAACAGGGACAGAAGGAGCAGGUCGGUGAACCAGCCAAGCCUGCUGCGGGGUCCAGCACGACGUCCUUUUUGGCUGCGGCAGGUAGCGGAACGCCGGAACAGCACACGAAAUCUGAAGCUGUAGAGGGCGCAGCAGGAGAGGAGGACCUGGAACAAGAGUCCUCGGCUGGUGCUGUCGCUGCAGCGGCGGCGGCAGAGGGAGCGACGGCGAGCGGAGAAAACGGCUCCCUGCUUCACCAGAUCCGCCGCGUCAAACUGCUCGCGUUUUCUCCUGCGGAAAAGAUUUGCUUGGAGCUUGUUAUCCGGACAGCUGCCAUGGUGUACGAGGCAAAUGGCAGAGAAGGAGAGGGAUUCAAAGCAGCUGCUGCGGUGCGGCCGGAGGCGACGCGCGUGGACGAAUGCAUGUAAUGUUUGUGCGAAAGUUCAUCGGGGAGCGCAAAAAUAGUGCACGAGGUGGAUUGCAGUCUAUGAAAGGUGGAGAAGCAUUGCAGUAUGCUUUCAAACAGUUUUCUGACUGCAUACUACCGAAUGCCAGAAGAAGCAGCUCCGCAACUUUACGUCGGGGAACUUGUAGCAAUGAAAACAGUCGGUUCGUCAUCUAGUCGCUUGCUCUGAAGUGUCAAGAGGGAGUUCGACUGAUGUGCCGGUUCUGUAAGCAGCUUUUUGCUGAACGUGGACAAUCGAUCUGGGGGCAUGAUAGGACGGCUCCGAUACCGCAGCGGCUUGUCAAGGAGAAAUUUUUUACCCAGAACCUUUCAAGAUGAAACAUCUCUGCCGAGACAGAGCAAGCAUGUAUGAUUAGCUAGAUCUAUCCAUUACUUUUUCGCCAUGGUCAUGACAGCAGGUUUGUGACGCUGCACGCUUUUCGGAAAACGGUGUGAAUCUCGGUAUGCGGUUUUUGCUGACGGGAUGUAUAGAUACCGGGUCCGAGAAAUCAGUGUUUAGCUUACUUUGACUAGUAAGAGAGUCGGGCGUGUCACAGCUUCGCCAUUACGUGCGCCAAUGCACGAAAGCAAUCGAAAAACCUGAUAAACACUACCUCCGUCCGCUCUUGACGUUUUAUGAUGUGAAGACAGUGCAGCUACUCCUACUUACGAAAAAGCAGAAAUGCCUCCGCUUUUUUUCAAAAAAGCCAUCGACCACUCAAAUCUAAAUUUGAUUUGAGUGGUCCGAAAAUACCUUUUACUCGAGGCACCGCCACGGAGGCACUUUCUUCGCGCAAAGACCAAAGACCUCUUCGCUUUGAUGCGUACCCGUUUUGAACACAACAGAACCUUUAGAUAUGGCGUUUGGCCCCUCAUCUAGCACAAAAACGAAAGAAA